AAAGAAUUUGUCCUCAUCAUUUUUUUGUGACGGUUAUCACCGAGCGCGUUUCCAUCACGCUCAGCCCUCAAACUCGUUAUAUCUUGAUAAUAGCUCACCUGGUUCUUUUGAAAUUGGAAAUAACUAAUCUCAAUGGAGGCGCGGAGGAGAUCACUUCAAAAGCGUCGCAUCCAAAGCGAUUAUAUCUCUAAAGCAAGUCCACUGAAAAUCUCGUUCACACCAUCCGUUAGCGAAUGCAGCACACCAUCGCCAGAGUAUCAUAACGACACUCCUACACCGGGAACCGACCAGCUCGAACCUCCUGAACUUGCUCGGAGGCAUGACUCUGAUACGAACGAGAUAUACCCAUCGGCGAGCAGAGACACUCUAGACUCUUUCCUCAAUGUCGAUUCGAUUGCCCAGCCCUUUUUCAUGACGCCGCUGCCACCUUCUCCCCAUCGGCAAGGUAGUAUUAAUUCUUUCAACGCCGGUUCAGAUCAUGCUCCUGGCCGUCACACUGAAUUGCAGAGCGUCGACAAUGAAAUGGAUAUGAGCUUAACAUCAUCGAGGAACAAUGCUUCAAGUGUGGGUGAUUUGACGCCACCGCCUUCAUUAGAUCGAGGUCAAUCCCAAAAGUCAGCGUUUGUUCGAGCAGGCGAGAUCUACGAAUCAUUUCAAAUUGGUAUGGAAACACCUGAAACUCCUGCCGACUUGCCAAUACGACCUAUCGUGACGAGCACGGAUACACAGAAAUUUAAGAGGAGGAAAAUGAGCAUGUCUAAUUUACAAUCUAUUAGUGAACCGCCAAUAACACCGAGCCUGAAUUUAGCAGACGACAAUGUAUCCACCAUGCUAUCCAGUCAAGGGAACGAAGGCACGGGCGAACCGGAGAGCAUGAAUGAGCUAGAGGAUGAUCUUGCGAACACCAGCUUAAUUGAAGAUACGCAGCCUGGUAAAAUCAUGCAGCUAGAUCACAUCACAACCGGACCAGAGGCAUCUUUGCCUGCCCAAGAAACAGGGCAAAUUGAAACAGUGCAUGAAAGUACAAGUGCAAGUAUAAAUGUGGAUCGGCCAUCGUUUUCACAACCAAUAACAAGAAGAAACUAUACGAGGUCAACGGCUAGAGAUGAGCCACCAGCUGUCAAUGAGAUGACGGUUGUCGCAUCAGUGGUUGGGGAAGUUCUACUAGAGACGAUGAAGUCAACAGCAUCUGAUUCCGAAGCCAAAGCUGCUGUCAAACUAUUCAAAAAACAGGCAGAAACGAUCUUCAUUGAGCAGAUGAAUCUAUGGAAUGAAAAUGAAGCGCUGCAGAAGGAUCGGAGAACUGAAGUGAGUCAAGGGAAAAAACUUCGAGCCAAAUUACUUGAAAUUCGAACAAGACGACAGACAUUACACGCUGAAAUGGAACAUGAAAGAAGCUUAUACGAAUCCGUGGAAUAUGAUAACAAAGAGUCUCAAGGAUUGGAAGACUUGUUACAGGGCUUGCAGGAUCUUAAGGCCAAAGCGAAGUCGUCAAAGCCAGAAAUCAACGUGACAACUGACAAACACCGAACGACUUUACAAGGUGUUGUUAAAAGUCUGACAGCCCGUUGUGGUGUUAUUAACGAUAAUGGCCAUCGUCAAGGCGGAUUGUUGCAGCUCUUGCGUGAUUUUAACGAAAAGCUCGAGCUAUGGAACGAUCACCUUGGUGAUGAACGAGAGUGCGCAUAAUACGCUCUUCCCCCACUUUUAGCAUAAUGCUGGCAUGUACAUAUUCUCCUCAACUUGUAAAAUCACCUUUCCAACCUACUGUAACUUCUAUCAUUGUAUCAAGAUCAUUAUAAUUUGCAUUCAUAUAGAUUAGUAGCUGUAAUCGAUGCUCAAUACAAAGCUUUUCUUAUACAAACG